CAUCCAAUUUCAGUAAGCCCAAUUGAACAAGGGUUCCUAUGCUUCUCUAGAGCAAUAGAAAUGGCAGAAACUGCUGCAUCUCUUUUCUCCUGGAGCCUCUGAAGUGAAGCUUGCUCUUUAGCAAUAACAGCUGCUUGACGCUUCUCCAACAUCUCUGUAGAUUGAACAAUUUUUGUCUCAAACUCCUUCUCUUGGUCUUCCAGUUCAGUGAAACGCCUCUUCAAGGACUUCUGAAGCCCAUGAAAGUGUUCUUCAAGUUGCUUCCAUUGCAAGUUAAGAGUAACAGCACGGUGACUUUCCAACUCAGCCCUUCAGCUUCACGCCUUCACCGCUUCACGCCUCAAUCAUGCUUCACUGCUUCACGCCGCCUUCACCUUCACCGCUUCACGCCGCCAUCCGCUUCACUUGAAGAGUUCAAAGUCAUCAUAUAUCAGCAAUGCCUCACAGAGCUCGGCCUAUGACAGGUCUCCUGCUGUUUACUGGACUUAAUGUUGUUUUGGUCUCAACAAUAACUCCUGUCUAUGAUUUCGUAUGCUUCCAUCCAUAUUGGGAAAGAAGAAGAGAGCAUCGGCGUCAGGAACGUGAAGCAGCUUUGAGAAGUUCAACAUCUGCUUGAGUCUGAUAUCAAGGUCGGAGAUUCUGUAUAGCAGAUUAUCUUAAUUUAACUUGGUCACGGGAGAAAACCGACUUAUAUUAAGAUAAAGUAUUUAAAGAAACGGAGGAAGUUAAGUUGGAGCCCUACACGUGCUUCUGGGUUUUUUGCUGCACACAAGUUUUUGUGUUUCCCCUAGUUCAUAUGGAGUCACAAUUUCAAGUUGAGCAAGUAUUGAGCUGGCUUAUGAAAGAAAGAUCAAGACUAUGCAUCUUACUAGCAUACUUUUUUUUUUUUUUUUUUUGAGGAAACCAUUGUUGUUCCAUCUAUAUUGGUGAGUGUUUGGCUGUCUGAAUUUGGAAGUAAGAGAACUGAAAGAUCUUGGGUUGUUCCACAUUUCUUAAUCUUGAUGCUUACCAUGUAUUUAGAGGCGUAGAGCAUAGUGCUAGAUCGUUUUCGAGACUGAUUAGUGCUCUUUUGCUUUGAUGCAAGGCUAUUGACAACGUUCAUUGUACUUAUUAAUCUUACAAGAAAUUGGAAGGCUUUCAUACUUAGCAUAA